CUACUAAUCGACAAACUUAACUCUUGCAAAAUGUCGCGAAAUCUGUUUAUUAUUUUCGCUGCCCUCUUUGCGGUAUGUUUCGGCUCUUCGUUGAUCCCACGGUUACCGGAUCAUCGAAUCGUAGGUGGAAAACCAGUUAGUAUUCUUGAACACCCUUAUCAAGCAAGAUUGUUAGUGUAUAAUAGUCACACAUGUGGUGCAUCUAUAAUUAGUCAAAAAUGGGUCAUAACUGCUGCACAUUGCACACGUUAUCCAAUAAGUAGUUAUUAUGUAUCAGUAGGCAGCAGUGCGAACUAUGGUAUUAAAUUUUCUGUAAACAGAAUUAUAUCUCAUCCAAUGUUUAACCCUAAAACCUUAGAUUACGAUGUCAGUCUUGUUGAGAUCAAGGGAACAAUAGGGUUAAGUAGUGUAACACAACCCAUAGUACUUGCAACCUCCGAACCAAGAAAUGGUGCUAUAGUGAAUAUUACUGGAUGGGGUGCAUUAUCGGAAUCAGGCAAUAGUCCAAGCAUUUUACAAGCAGUUAGUGUACCCAUUGUAAAUAGAGUUCGUUGUCAAAAUGCUUACGACGGUUUUGCCAAUGUUACCGAAAGAAUGAUUUGUGCCGGUGUGGAACAAGGUGGUAAAGAUUCCUGUCAAGGUGACUCUGGAGGACCACUUUCAGCAAAUGGUACACUUUAUGGAAUUGUUUCAUGGGGAUAUGGAUGUGCUCGACCACGUUAUCCAGGUGUAUAUACUAACGUUGCACUUUUACGCUCGUGGAUUGCAAAAAUGAGUGGCAUUUAAUAUGAUUUAAAAUAAUUACAAAAACUUGCGUGUGUCUAUAACCCAUUCAAAUUAAACUAAUAAUACAAAAUAAUAAUGCUAAAUUUCAUUAUCUUUAUAUAGAAAUAAAUAAAAAAGAAUAAUUUAACGUAACAAUAAAAUGUUAAUAUAGUU